ACACGCAUGCGCAGUGCGGAUUAAACUCCCUAUCAAGCUAGCUCUAAUCGUUUGACGUGGUUGUGUAGAUAAAUAUUAGUGUAUGGUAUUUGGAUGUUAAACACUACUAUGCAUAUUUAGACAUAAGGUUACCUUAAAAAAAGGUAAGGAAAGAGUUAAGGUUAAAACAUGUAACUAGCUAGUUAGCUUAGUAGCAGAGAAGCUAUGUAGAAGAAAAUAGAGCUAAACGCUGUCAGGAUCUCCAGCUGAUUCGACUGCUUUUUGUCGUAAGCAACAUUGUUCAUUAAGAGCUUCUUGUGAUCACGAAGUUCACAGUUUCUUGACAGAACCAACUUACUGAGAAUGAAUUAGGACUGAUCAUUUUCAUGCACAUCAGCUGAAGUUGAUCUGAUCUACAGGCCCACAUGGCAUCAGAAGAAAUGGAGGGCAUGUGCUCUCUGCCAGACAUGACUACCAUCAAGGUGGAGCCUGCUGUAACUAUUGGCACAGCAGAGGAUGCCAGCUCCCAGAAUGUGGCCAUGGGCCCCAAAUUCAUCUUGCCAAACCGCUUUGACAUGAAUGUGUGUUCACGCUUUGUGAAGUCUCUGAACGAGGAAGACAGCAAGAACAUCCAAGACCAGGUGAACUCUGACCUAGAGGUGGCUUCAGUCUUGUUUAAAGCCGAAUGCAACAUUCAGACCUCUCCAUCUCCUGGGAUCCAGGUUAGACAUGUGUACACACCUUCCACCACCAAGCACUUCUCGCCAAUCAAGCAGUCAACCACACUUACCAAUAAGCACCGUGGCAAUGAGGUUUCCUCCACUCCGCUGCUUGUUCACUCUUUGUCCAUUCACCAGCUUGCAGCACAAGGAGAAAUGAUAUACUUAGCCAGCCGAAUAGAACAAGAGGCAGCAAUAAACCUGCAGGAUGAAGAAGGCUUUACGCCGCUAAUGUGGGCUGCAGCUCAUGGUCAGAUUGCUGUGGUGGAGUUUCUACUCCAGAGUGGUGCAGACCCCCACAUUUUGGCUAAAGGAAGAGAAAGUGCAUUAUCAUUGGCCUGCAGUAAAGGGUACACAGAUAUCGUCAGAAUGCUCAUUGACUGUGGUGUGAAUGUCAAUGAAUAUGACUGGAAUGGAGGAGCUCCUAUACUUUAUGCAGUGCAUGGGAACCAUGUCCGUUGUGUGGAAUUACUUUUGGAAAACGGAGCUGACCCGACCAUGGAAUCCGAUUCAGGCUUCAAUGCUAUGGACAUGGCAGUAGCAAUGGGCCAUAGACAUGGUUUGACAUCAAAGAUGAAUGAGAUGAUGUAUGGGGGAAGCCAUGGCCUAAAGGUUAGAGAAGCAGCUUUGGGACCAAAAGGUUGCUGGUUUGAUUCUAUGGACCAGCAGGAAUGGCUGAAGUGCCCUUGAGCAAGGCCACUUCUCCCACCAACUUCUCCCCAGGCUGCUCUGGUUCAGCAGGUGAUGGAAGCACAUCUACUGAAGCUGCUGCAAGGAAUCAAAGAGUGACUGAAACUAGUGAAGACAAACUGGAGGCGCGAAAGCACACAAACAGAAGACAAAUGAACAUUGUGCAUGUUUACAUUAGUUUUAAGUUACUCAAGCUAAUUUAAUCUUUUUUUUUUCAAGCAACAUGUUAAUGUGUGAAUUUGUGUACUAUGGAUAUUUAUUUAGUAAUAUGGUUUUGUGAAACUGAACUGUGUUCUCCAUCAAGGUUUUUCUAUGAAAUAACUAUAUUCUAAAAUAAAGUUGGACAGGCACAAUAACAGACUGUACU